AAGAGCCUAAAAAAAGUUCACUAUGACACCUUUAGUUCCACUUGGUCACAGAGUCAAACUACAACCAAAAAUAGAACGAGCGUUUUAAGUACAUAAGACAUAAGUACUGUACACGUAAGCAAUCAUAUUCACAACCGCUUUACUUCAGUGGAAGAAACAUACCUGCUAUAUACACUAUUGCAUUGUAUACUUAGAAUCAACAUACUAUUAUCACGUUCAAGAGGUAUCCAUCUCCGGUAGCCCAAGGUGCGAGCACGACUUUACAUUCUUACAGAACGGCAUACUUUCAGGACGCCAGAUACUUAAAAAAACGAGUAUAUAUACAUACAGCUCAGCGAGUAGGAUAGCUGUGAAACAAACCUAUACGGGCGCUUGGUCAAGGGCUGGACGAGUGUAUGUGUAAUGAUCAAGUGUGGCACCUCACUACUGCAUAUAUCUACGGGUUCUUCGUCAGACUACGCAAGUACGAACUAUAAACUCUGAACUCUGAACUCUGUUCACUUGCAAUAAAGAUCAACAUGGCCCAAGAAACCCUCCUGCAAUGUCGUACUGAAUCAAACCAUACAGUCGGUAAGCGAUGCGCAGGUAGUGUUGCCAAGUAUCGCAGCGUGACACCUAUAUUGAACCUCCCGUUUGAGAUUUUGGAGAAAAUAUGUGGAUUCAUAACCGACACGGAUGAUCUGAUUGAGCUCAUACACACUUGUAGACGACUUUGUGUUGUACUUAAACCCGAUGGCAAGCACUGGACGCUCAUGAUAAAACGUAUGUGGGGAAAUGCUUUGCCUCGAUGGUUCAUUCCAAGCAAGGUUAUUAAACCGGGCUGGACGCAUUCAACGCAACGAGGCCUGUCUGUCGUCUUCGAGAAGGUGGUGCAACACGAGUGCUUUGAGUUCUUCGACUACUCAAUCAAAGUGUUCCGCAGUUUGUGCAAACAACUCUGCUACAACUCACUGUACCAGUUAUGUCGCGAUUGGACUAUGAACAGCUGCUACGUAUGCCUGCAUGACGAACGGUGUCUUGCACCCGGUAAAGUGUUGCUAAAGCGCGAGAUAACGGGAAAGAAGCGACAGUUGAUGCUUUGCGUACCUCAUGCGCGUGCUACCAUUCCCUUGGGAACCAUACGCGACAAAUAUGGCCUCAAACCCGUCGAUGUGGAUCAUUUGCAAGACGCGUCCAUCCCGCAACGAUCCAGGCGGCUACAACAACCAUGCUACUUCACAGACAACGUGCUAAACCGAUGCAUUGAAGUGUACGGCAACCUAUCCGUGUGUGGGCAUACUAAGGUGGGUGAGAAGAAAUAA